UCUUGCCUUCGUAAGGCGCAAACCUAAAUAACAAAAAUCUUCUUGUACCAGGCAAAAACGAGCUUGCUGUAUUCGGCACGUGAUAAAGAGUCAGGGGCCUCUUCCUUCUUUAGCCACCAUUGCUGCUCUACUGAAGAUCUGAAAGCUUUCAGCUGAGAAGGCCGCAAUGGAGCUGAAGAUCAGUCUUUUAUCCUUCAAUAGCGGCAGAUCCAUCUCAAAGCUCGCGCAUUUCGCCAGUUUUCUCGUGUGUUUCCUUCUCUUCUUCAGUUUUAAGUCUAUUGAAGCUUUUGACGCCCUUGACCCCAAUGGAAACAUAACCAUCAAAUGGGAUAUAAUGCAAUGGACUCCAGAUGGCUAUGUUGCUGUUGUUACAAUAAACAACUACCAGCAAUACCGCCACAUCCAAUCACCUGGAUGGAUAUUAGGCUGGACAUGGGCUAAGAAGGAGGUUAUAUGGUCCAUGGUUGGUUCACAGACCACAGAACAGGGAGAUUGCUCAAAGUUUAAGGGAAGCAUUCCCCAUUGCUGCAAGAAGAAUCCAACGGUUGUCGAUCUCUUGCCUGGAACUCCAUAUAACAUGCAGAUUGCUAAUUGCUGCAAAGGAGGUGUGCUUAGCUCCUGGGUUCAAGAUCCACCCAAUGCCGUUAGUGCAUUCCAGAUUAGUGCUGGCUCUGCAGGGUCAAACAACAAGACAGUUCGUGUGCCGAAGAAUUUUACUCUCAAGGCUCCAGGGCCAGGUUAUACUUGCGGUGUGGCGAAGAUUGUGAAGCAAAGCCGAUUUGUUUCACAAGAUGGCAGGAGAACAACCCAAGCACUGAUGACAUGGAACGUUACCUGCACUUAUUCCCAAUUCCUUUCUCAGAAGACCCCUUCAUGCUGUGUCUCUCUCUCAUCCUUCUACAAUGAUACAAUUGUUGACUGCCCAACAUGUUCCUGUGGCUGCCAAAACAACGUAACUCAACCUGGGAGCUGUGUGGAGGGAGAUUCGCCUUAUCUCGCUUCUGUGGUCAAUGGCCCUGGAAAAAGCAGCCUUGUACCGUUAGUUCAGUGCACAUCUCAUAUGUGCCCUGUGAGGAUUCACUGGCAUGUUAAGCUCAACUACAAAGAAUAUUGGCGAGCGAAAAUCACAAUUACCAAUUUCAACUACAGGAUGAACUACUCGCAGUGGAACCUAGUUGUCCAGCAUCCCAAUUUUGAUAAUAUCACACAAAUCUUUAGCUUCGAUUACAAGUCCCUUACUCCUUAUGGCGGCAUAAAUGAUACUGCAAUGCUAUGGGGGAUGAAGUACUACAAUGACCUGCUCAUGGAAGCUGGUCCUGCUGGAAAUGUUCAAUCUGAGCUGCUUUUCCGCAAGGAUGCGUCGACCUUCACGUUCCAGAAGGGAUGGGCGUUCCCUCGACGAAUAUACUUCAAUGGUGACAUUUGUGUGAUGCCAGCUCCAGAUGCAUAUCCAUGGCUGCCAAAUACAGGUCCUUUAUCUUUUAGGCCAGUGCUUCUUCGAUUGCUGGUCUUCUGGACAACUUUGGCAUGUUUAUUCAUUUAUGUGUAGGAGAAAUAGAUUACUUUGAAAAUUUUCCGUCUUGGUCUAGUCUUUUGUUUCUGUUCUGCAAGUUCAUGAAGUUAGAUUAAGUUGUAAGAAUUUUCUUCUUUGUAUAUUAGUGAUUUAAGUGAAAACAGAGAGUUUGAUUACUGCAAUCGUUGAUUGUGAUAAAGGAAAAAAUGUACUGUAUUUCAACUAGGCCUAAGGAUGAAUAAAGGUUUGUUUGGGAUCUGUUUUUACUGA